AUGCCUGAGCCGUCGUCGCCGACAAUCCCCGCUCCCGACAUCCCGCCGUCCGCUGUCACAAUGCUCCGGAGGAACGAUCUCUCCACCACGCCACCGUCGAUGUCUAUCGACAGUCCGCACCAUGGCUGGAAUGCUCUGUGUGUGUGUUGUUUUUUUUUUUUUGNNNGGACUGAUUCCGGCGAGGCUGCCGCUUCAGCCCACUACUGCCGCCAUAUCCGCCGUCUGACAACAGCGUGUUGUCGGAGAAGGAGCACCGGGAGUAAUGUCGCCGAAAUUCAGAACGCGGGCCUCGGAGAACAUCGUCUCAGGGACUUGAACGACGAGAUCAACAAGCUCAUUCGAGAGAAGUCACACUGGGAACGACGUAUUGUGGAGCUGGGGGGACCCAAUUACACGAGGCAUUCUGCAAAGAUGACUGAUUUGGAUGGUAACAUUGUGGAUGUGCCCAACCCAAGCGGGAGGGGGCCCGGGUAUAGGUACUUUGGCGCGGCGAAGCAGUUGCCCGGUGUCAAGGAAUUGUUCGAGAAGCCUCCGGAGUUGAGGAAGAGGCGAACAAGGUAUGACAUAUACAAACGGAUCGAUGCAAGUUACUAUGGGUAUAGAGAUGAUGAGGAUGGGAUUUUAGAGAAACUAGAAGCUCCGGCUGAGAAGAAGAUGAGGGCUGCAGCUCUGGCGGACUGGAUGGAGAUGGAGAAGAUAAAGAAGGAAGCAAGGAUGGCCGUGAAGAGUGGUGAGGUGGCAGCGGUGGGUGCAGUGUCUAAGAUCUUAUUUGAGGAGGAAGAGGAUGUAGUGGAGGAAGAGAGGAGGAUAGAGAGGGAGAGAGAGGAGAAUGAGAAGGGGAAGGAAUUUGUUGCGCAUGUCCCGUUGCCAGAUGAGGAGGAGAUAAAGAAGAAGGUACUGGAGAAGAAGAAGCAGGAAAUGCUGAACAAGUACACAAGCAGUGAGUUGCUGGAGGAGCUUAUGCAAGCAAAGACCUUGCUUAAUAUCCAGCAGUAG